UUGACAAAGUCAAAUAUUGUGAUAGUUUUUUUUUUAUGUGAAUUUAAAUAAGUAAUAAAAGAAUUUUAUAUUGAAGUAAAUUACUGCUUCAGAAAAAUGGAUAUCGGCGAGAUAAGGACGCCAGAAGAUGUGCGUAAAGUAAUAAAAACGGCCAAACUACAUGAAUCGGAGUUGACAGAAAUAUCUCAAGUUCUUAGGUUUCCAGAUCCCAGUAUAAAUAAUGAUAACUUAAAACUUAUGCUUCUAGAUAAUAAUUUACUUCAACAAAUUGAAGCUGGUAAUCAGUUAAUAUUCAAAGGCGACGAAGAAGAAAAUGUGAUGCUAUGUACAGAUAAUAAAACAUAUGAUGUUAAGGAAGCGGAGACAUCCAAUAGCCUUCUAUUAGUUCCAGACUUAUUAUUCGCAGCUGCUAGUGGUUUAGACGAAACUCUCGCAAAUAAUUCUAUGGAAUGUGAUUCAGACUCAUCCUUUGAAAGAUCUAACACCAGUCUGAAUAAGUCUACAGAUUCUGACGAUGGCAGACCGCCUAGGAAUAUAGUUAAUAAGGAUAUAGUUAAUACAUUCUUCACAUAUUACGAAUUAAAACCUUGCAAACCUCGUCUUUUGAAGUUACAGAAACUUCUAGAAGCUUCGAAAUAUUCUGGCGCAGAACUCGAAUAUAUGAUUGACAAAUCAAAAUUACUCAAUUUUGAUAGCAUUUUCGAUAAAGUUCAAGCGUCGCGAGCGGAAUUAAAAGAUGAAUUAAUAAGGAUACAGGCUAUAAAUAUCGAUGGUUAUUAUCGGUUAUUGGAUUUUGAUUAUGAGUUUAGAGUUUUGUCCUACAUGUUAGAUCUUAUUGAAGAGAAUUCAUGGCCUUUAGAUAAAAUAUCAAGAGAAUUAACACUAGACAGCUUAAAAGAUCUUGUACCUGUGUGUAUUUUGGAAGCAAUGUUCGACUUUUAUACUUAUAAAACUGUGGAAGAAGGAGGGACACAAUAUUACAGAUAUAAGGAAGAUAAAGUUUGUCAGUUUUUGGCCAGGGUUCUGUUAAAAAGCGCGGGAAAAUUCAAUUUGCAUGAAUUUCUUCAAGCUUGGCGUGAUUCUGUGCCGGAAGGGAUGACUACGAAUGAAUCUUUGCUAUCUGGUAUAGCUAUAGUUGAUAGAAGUAGCACACCACAGGUUAUAUGGGGGUUCGUAGAGAGCGAUUUACCAGAAGAUAUCAACGAACGAUUCAAAGUACUGUUCCAAAGCAAGGCCAAGUGGACUGUUGACGAAAUAUCGCCGUAUAUUCAGUCAUAUGCAACGGAAAAAUUAAAUGUUAAUGCGCUUUUAACAAAAUAUGCUCGGGCGUCCACGCAAAACGGUGUAAGAGUGUUCUCUGCUAAGCAUAUGAAGUAAAAUAAGUAUUGCUAUGUUUUAAAAUACUGUCAAUAAAUGCAUUUUUUUU